ACGCGGAAUCUGAAUAAGCGGAAUUGUGAAAAGUGAAACUUUUUGCUCAAUAUUACAUGAUCGCCGUUGUACGGACUACGGUGGCUCCCGCACAAACGGACGAGGAAAACUGUCGAACAUCGUUGUCGGGAUCGCCGUUUCUUGUCGAGAAUUCGUCAUUUAUGUCUUAUCGAGACGAUCCCAGGAAACCAGGCGUUUAAUCGGAUCUAAGGACGCAGCGUAGCACUCGAGUGAGUCAGUCGAGUAUGAGACGUAAGAGCGAAAGAAACAAAACGAAGGGAUCUCCAGAGAAGAAAGCCGAGAAACCAACAAGGAAGUCAACGCGUAGGCGUGGCAAGAGAUCACCUUCUACUUCAUCUGAGCAAGACCCUUUUAUCGAGGAUGCGGCUAAGAGUGUCAUUCAACUCAAGGAGAUUGAAAAGGAGACAAGUAUGCAAACGCGCCUGCAGAGCAAGGAAUUGGAGCAAAUUCCACAUAGGCAUGAAGAGAAGGUCUCUUCUAGUGAUGUAAAUAUAAAGGUGGACUUACCCGAAGACGAGGACAAUGCCGGCUCUGUGUGGAAAGUAGCUAGAGCGGAUGCAUCACCUGGCGAGAUACAAAAGUUGAAAUUAUGCAGGCAGCGCAACACGUCAGAGCCAUCAGAUACACCACCAUCGAGUAGGAAAAAUGUCGUCAUGUCAAGUAGCAAGUGGCAAGAAAGUGGUGAGGGAGUUGCAGAGGAGGCUGACUCGGCGGAUGAGCAACUGGUUUCUUGUACAAGAACCCUCAGUAGCACUGAACAGCCGAACGAUCCCUCCUCUUCAUACCCAGGUCAGGACUCCAACGAAGAGGUAAGUGAUAGCAAGGAGAUCCUGCCUGAAACCACUUCAGCCAACUUGUUGUCUGACGAUAAACCAAACAUAGAUCAGCAUGGUGAAUCAAAUGAGGCAAAUUGCACUGCCCAAGUAGUUGAUAUCGAACCUGAUAAGCCGGGUAGCAUGACACCAUCUCCAGUGCCGGCUCCUAGUGCGAACGGUGAGGAGACUAUCACCACUAUCAUCGUUAAGGAAGCUAAACCUGCGGAAGACAUCAGUGAAAAGCCAACGGAGACAUUUGUCAAAGAAACUAGCGUGGAAAAUGUUCGUAAAGAUAUGAAUAGCGAAGAUGAGGAGGAGGAGGAGGAAGAGCAGGAUGAUAAAACAAAAAUGCAUCGUCCGGUGGAUUCGUCAUCUGAUUCAAAUGACGAAUCACGCUCUAAAAGAAGCAGAACAAGUAGUGAUCGAACGUCGCCACGUGCGACUCGUAGAAAACAUCGAAACAAAUAUAGAGAUUCGUCUAAUUCAGAUACACCUGAUUCCGAAGAUGAACCUAUUGACAGAAAGAUCUCUGAAUCUUAUGUGGAGGAGGAAGAGGAGGAGCAAGAGAAAAAACCGAGUACAGAAUAUUUACAAGAGAAUGAUAAACAACAAUCAGUGUCGCCGGAAAGAACAAAUUCUCAUUCAAAUAAUGUAGAAAAAAUAGAGGUGGAACAUAGUAAAACUGUUGAAGAUAAAUUGGAAAAAGAUACAACUGAAAAAUUGGAACAAUCUACACCGGCUAACACACAGGUGGUCGCUCACAAGCCUGUUAAAGUCAACUUGAAAAGAUCAUUCUCAACAAGAAUAUUGUCUGAAAAGAACGAAAUAAAAAGAGACGAUGCUGAUACAAGCAUCAAUGAGUCCAUUAGUCAAAAUAAGGAAAACGGCAAUGAACAAGAACCAAAAUGUGUGCCGAGAAAACGUCGAUGGGGGAUCGCGCUUUCUACGGAUACAGCGCCCUCAUUUUCUAUCUCUACCGAUUCGCUUAAGGCAUUGGUGCCAGGUGCAAAGCCAUUAUCCAUCAACGAAGUUCGUCUCUCAAAGGACGAUGAUGAAGACAGAGAUCGGCAUAGAAGUAACGAUAAACGGCACAAUUCUAGUGACAUUACAUAUGAUAAGACAACAGAUGAAAACUUGCAGAAAAAUGGCGCUGCUAAAAAGGGCAAUGGAAAAGUAGAUAAUCACAUCGUGACAAGGCGGAAGAUAUCAAUAGUGAAAGAAAUGCCGCACAUAAAAUCACCAAGUCCACCAACGUCUAAACCUACCAAUAUCCUUUUGAUCAAGAAUCUAGUUCGCCCUUUCACACUAAAUCAGAUCAAGGAACUUCUUUCGCGUACCGGCACUAUCAUAGAGAAUGGAUUCUGGAUGGAUCGGAUUAAGUCUAAAUGCAUUGUUGAAUAUUCCAAUGAGGAUCAGGCUUUUGAGACAAGGCAGGCACUUCACGGAAUUUCUUGGCCUAUGUCUAAUCCAAAAAAGCUCCAUGUGGAAUACGCUACGAAGGAGGAUAUGGAGACUGCCCGGGAAUCGUCGAAGGAACAACCGGUUGCUCGCAAAACUGAGCCACUCUCGUCGGAUUCGUGGCAACAAGAUUGGAGUCGCGACGAAAAGACUAAUACUAAGGUGACUGUGGUGAGAGAAUGGGAUUUAGGCAAAGAGGACGGCCAACAACACAUCAGAGAGAAGGAGCGUGAGAAAAAGGAUCAUGAUAAAAAGCGACGAGUGAGGAGUCGCAGCCCAAUAUUGGACGCACAUCUAUCGGCACCAGCUCGCAAAUUCAAGAAGAAAGAGGAUGAUCCGCCACCGGCAAAGCUUUUGGAUGAUCUCUUUAGGAAGACAAAGGCGACACCUUGCAUAUAUUGGUUGCCGCUUACGAAUGAGCAGAUAGUCGUGAAGGAGGAGAUGCGACGGCAACAUAUGGCGGAACACGCGCGCAGAUUAGAAGAGAUGAGACGUGCCGAUAGAAAUAGGGACAACCGACGUCGACGUACUCCGAGAAAAUAGAGAUCAGCGUAUAUCGUCAGCAACAUUAAAUGUAUUCCUCCCUUUUCCUGAUCCCCUUUGUCCUGAAUUUAAUUUUCCUUUAUUCCACUUCACUCAGUUUUUUAAUUCACAAUUUUGUUUCUUGUUAUUGAUCUAUAUUGUUUAUUAGACAUAUUUUUUUUUGGAAUCGUUCAAGAAUAUCUGAAACGUUAUGUUUCGACAUUUGUUCAUAUUUUGAUCUAUUUUCUUUUUCUAUAUUCCCUUUUAUGUUGUCAUCUCUUUAAUCUCUGAUCUCUCUACUUUCCGUAAAUUUAAUUUCAGAUAUUCAAUGCAUGACUAUUAAAUAUCCUUUCAACUCCUUGUUCCCUUUCCUCGAAUAUCAGAAUUAAACCAUACUUCUUACAGGUCAACAUUUAUUUAUCCCACAGAGAGCCAAUAACUAUAGACGUGAUAGUGGUUCUGUAUUUGCGUCAACCGUUCAUGGCAGAUAAUACCAAUUCACUCUCAUGUUGAAAUGCAGCAUUCACGGAAUAACUUUACAACGUGGGAACCUCUUUGAAGAAAAUAGAUGAGACAUAUUGAAUGUGGAAUAGACUUGACAUUCAUGAGAAUAUCGUUUAUUUCUUCGCUCUUUUUUCUUGUUUUCCUUUUUUACGAAUCGAACUCUGACACAAAUAUAAUCGAAUGGAGGAAUGAAAUCGUAUGACACAUAUAGUUUGGAUGGAAAACACUGUCGCCCGAAACGCAGAAAAGCAUUUCUAUGAAGACAUUGUUGGACAUUAUUGAUGGAUAAAAGACGAACUUUGUCUCUGCGUUAAGUAUUUUUCAAGGUCUGUUUUGGUUGCGUCGAGCUCAACAAUUGCCAACCAUUCGACUUUGAUAGCGACUACAUCAGGAAGCGUCGCGUCAGUGUUAACCAUUAAUAUAGACUAGGGCAGGGCGAAGACAUGUCUGUAAAUAUAACCCAUAUUUCGUGGGGUGUGACAUGUAAAAUUAUUAAUAAAUCCUAAAAAUGAUGAAAA